GCCCCAAAUUCCUUCCUCGGGAUGCGCCUCCUAACCCCCCCCCUUCCCGUCCGAAAUAAAGCUCUGACGGAUCCCAGCCCCUCCCCCGGAAGGAAUGGAGGGACCCCCUUCCCACCUGAGCGCAGACCUGACGACCCCGGACCUGAGGAAGGCUCUCACCCCCCGCGGCAGUGAGGACGCCGACACCGCCGUCAUCGCGGUGACCCUCACGCUGGUGUUCCUGACGCUGCUGACGGCGCUGUCGGUGAUCGGGCUGUACCUGUACCGGAACAGGGGCUCCUACCACACCUACGAGCGGCCCGAGCCCGAGCCAGAGCCGGAGCCGGGCCAGGAGCCCCCGGGCAAGGACAAGGAGGAAUAUUUUAUAUGAGACACACGGGCAGGCCCCGGGAUGCCCUGGAGCUGGGGGUCCACCUGCAACUCCCUGGAUUUGGGGUCCACCUGCAACUCCCUGGAGUUGGGGUCUGACUGAAUUCCCUGGAUUUGGGGGUGUGCCUGA